GGUACAAGCAGGGUCUCAAGGAGAGAAGUGUUUCACAGGGAGAUACAAUGAUGGCACCACUGUAUGCUCUUCUUGUGUUUAUCAGCAAAGUGUAUGGAGAACAAAACAUUAAGAUGGAUGUAGUUCAGCCAAUCGCACUGGUGACAGCUCAGCGUGGAGACACUGUGACUCUACCAUGUUUCCACUCUCAUGCCUUUAUCACCUGUGUCAGCUGGUUUAAGCAACGCCUUGGACAGAAGCCUCAGCUUGUAGCCCUGUCAUUGAAACAUCGAUCAGGUGCUGUAUUUUUGAAUGAGUUUGGAAACAUCAUACGUUUCAGUGCUAACACAACAGAGGGGAUCUUUAACCUGACUAUCUCACAAGUAGAGCCGUCUGAUUCAGCAACAUACUACUGUGCUAUUAUACACUACAAUGAGGUCACCUUUGGAAAUGGAACUACUUUAAUGUUGACAGGGCCAGAGUCCCAGAACAGGACAGUAGUUCUCCAGCAGCCCGAGUCUGAGUCAGUGCAGCCAGGAGACUCUGUGACUCUGCAGUGUACAGUGCACACUGAGACCUGUGCAGGAGAACACAGUGUGUACUGGUUCAGACAGGCCUCAGGAGAGUCCCCUCCAGGAAUCAUUCACACCCACGGACACAGGAGUGAUGAGUGCCAGAGGAGCUCUGGGACUGUGUCUCCCACACAGAGCUGUGUCUACAACUUCCCCAAGAGGAACCUCAGCCUCUCUGAUGCUGGGACUUACUACUGUGCUGUGGCCACCUGUGGGGAGAUCCUGUUUGGGAACGGGACCAAGCUGCAUGCAGAGGAAGCAACGGUCCCUUUCUUUAUUGUCAUCAUCGCUUCUGUGGUGUUGGCAUUGAGCCUGAUUGUGAAUGUCGCUCUUCUCUGCACUCGGAGGAAGAGAGAAGUUUGCGAGCACUGUACAGGUAACCCUCUGCCUAAAAGCCAGCAUGACACCACCCACGAUUCAAGAGAACAGUGCCCUAGUGAAGACGUCCUGAACUAUGCUGCUCUGAGCUUCUCUAAUAAGAAUGCAAAAUCCAGGCCCAAGAGGAGAGACCCAAGGCAAGAGCCCAUCUAUUCUGGUGUGAGGAAUCACGACUGGAGCUGAAGGCUUUUCCGGAAGCAUCAACAAGCCUGGAAGAAACAUUUUUAUAACUGGAGUGAAUGCAUAUUGGAGUCUGGCAGCAGCAUCCUUGCAUGUAACUGUUGUAUCUG